GCACUGGGCUUCCUACACCGCCCGGGAAAUGAGGGUUAAGCCUACAAUGCUUUUCCUGUCACCUCGACCAAUGCGUUAAAAUAAGGGCGGAAGUGAGCCCUGUACAGCGUCAAGUGGGAUCCCCAUCGUUCUAACUUGUAGUCCUGCCCACUCUCUUUUCCCGCUGGUUGCCAGGCAACAAGAGACCCCGGGGCGGGGUGUGAGGGUUACGCCGAGACGUUCAGGUUGAGGGCACAUCCAAGAUGGCGACAGCAGCAGGGACAUUGAGGUGUUUGGUCCGGUGCAACCAGCUGGUGGUAGCCGGGCGCCUUCCCGGACCCCCGCGGCGGGCCUUCCACGCCUCAGUGUCCGCUGCUGCUCAGAUGACUGUCCGCGAUGCUUUAAAUCAGGCCUUGGAUGAGGAACUAGAGAGGGACGAGAAAGUUUUCUUGCUUGGGGAGGAAGUGGCUCAGUAUGAUGGUGCAUACAAGAUUAGCAGAGGACUCUGGAAGAAAUUCGGUGAUAAGAGGGUAAUUGACACUCCUAUAUCAGAGAUGGGAUUUACUGGAAUUGCUGUAGGUGCUGCUAUGGCUGGCUUGAGGCCCAUUUGUGAAUUCAUGACCUUCAACUUCUCAAUGCAAGCCAUUGACCAGAUCAUAAACUCGGCUGCCAAAACCCACUACAUGUCUGCAGGGUUGGUGCCUGUGCCCAUUGUCUUCAGGGGUCCCAACGGAGCCUCGGCAGGAGUAGCAGCCCAGCAUUCGCAGUGCUUUGCAGCUUGGUACGGGCACUGUCCCGGAUUGAAAGUAGUGAGUCCUUGGAGUUCAGAGGAUGCAAAAGGUCUCCUUAAAUCAUCGGUCCGGGAUGAUAAUCCAGUUGUAAUGCUGGAAAAUGAACUGAUGUAUGGUGUUCCCUUUGAAAUGUCUGAGGAAGCUCUGUCAAAGGACUUUCUUAUUCCUAUUGGAAAGGCUAAGGUAGAAAAACAAGGAACCCACCUUACUUUAGUGUCUCAUUCUCGAUGUGUUGGCCACUGUAUGGAAGCAGCCGCUGUUCUUGCCAAAGAUGGGGUGGAAUGUGAGGUAAUAAAUCUUCGUACUAUUAGACCUAUAGAUAUUGAUACCAUUGAAGCCAGUGUUGUGAAGACAAAUCAUCUUGUAACAGUUGAAGGGGGCUGGCCACAGUUUGGAGUGGGAGCUGAGAUAUGUGCCAGGAUUAUGGAAGGUCCUGCUUUCAACCACUUGGACGCUCCAGUUGUUCGUGUCACUGGUGCAGACGUUCCUAUGCCUUACGCAAAGACUUUGGAGGAGAACUGCCUACCUCAAGUAAAGGAUAUAAUACUAGCAGCGAAGAAAACCCUAAAUAUCUAGGUUUGGUGUAUAUAUUUAAGUGCUUCUUCUGGACUUAAGUCUGUAAAAAUAUUUAUGGAAUGCAUUUAUUAUAUUGUAAGCUGGAAAAGGGUGGAGGGCCUAUAUAGUGCCUCCCAUCCUACUUCGAAGAAGAAAAUACAAAGGGAGAAUUGACAGACUUAACCUUUUGUAAUUUGUAUUUUAUGUAAAGAACUCUCAUUGUAAGACAAUGUUCUUGUUUAUCAUUGCACAACUGAAUCAGUCUCAUUCUAAGCGACAUCCCUAAAUAUAUCAUCAAGACUCUUUAUGCUCAUUUUGUAAUCUGAAAAGCAUGAAAUAAAUAACAUGAACAAAAA